AUGGACAACGACCCGACGAUGGACUCGACCGGCUUUCAGUUCCAGGCAAAUUCUACAUCAAAAUGGGACAACGAACUCAAGUUUGCUGCAGCUGGCUCCGUCCGCACCUCGAUCAUCGUCCUAUCGGUUUUCAACGUGAUAGUAGCGUUCGCAGUUACUAUCAGUAUUCUUCUGCGCUCAUGGAGAACACUGAAACAAGUCGAACCGAUAUGGGACUUCAAGUCGUCGUGGCUUCGGCUAGUCAAAGGACGAGAUAUUUACCCCUUCGUACUUUCCUUGGGCAUUGUAGUUCAGGGAAUUGUGUAUGCUACUGCUCAAGCCAAGGGACUUGAGUCACUUAUGAUCCUUGGUUGUGCCACGGUAUCGCGAAUGAUGCUGCUUGCUUUCUUCAUUGUACCCUUCAUUCAGAUGUUGUUCGGGCUGGAGUUGACAAUCCGUAUUACGAGGCCGAGCAUAUUCCCCUUCCGUGGCAAAUUCAACACCCUUGCCUGUCUAGUAACCAUUGGUAUCUUGUUGAUCAUCGUGUUCUCCAUAACCUUUGCUGUUCUGCCAUCGGAGUUUUGCUUUGCCAGUUUGAUCUCUUUCCUACAUCGAUACGAUGCCGGGUGUUUUGGGGUUCUACUCACUGUCAUCCUGAUAGUUCUGAUCGAGUGCGGAGUUAUAUGCUUCAAACUUCAUACUGGUGCCAGAAUGCGCAUGAUUGAGAGGGACGAGGCAUCUCGCAUGGUUUACCAUAUGAUAAUUGCUGUGAUAUCAUAUACUUUGCAGAUAACAUUCUUCUACAAUACGGCGUUCCGAGAUACAGGAGCAGCAGAUGACACGUCAAUGACACUGAACAUGAUCGGAACAGUUGUAAUGAACAUGUCAGGACUAUUGCUUGGCUGCCUGUAUCUCUUCUUGCGAUCAAGCAGAUCCCCAACCGGCUGUUCUGAUGACGACAUUGAAGCGUCUCAGGGUUUCAGAAAAUGGGGUGAUGACCAGGAUCAAGAGCCCCCAACCCCUGGGUCUGCGAUGCUACAGCCUCUUGAUCUUCCCAAGCUGGUUCACAAAGCUGAAAGCAAAGAAGAUCUGACGCUGGACGACAGAGUGGAAGACAAAGUGUUUGGUGCACGCAAGGACUUCCUCAACCGUGGCCUGAAGCCCCUGCGAUUGGGAAGUAUGCGUAACUCAGGCGGUCUUCCAUCCGCACCGAAACCUGUACGGACAUCAUCAAAGGAGUCCAUAAAAAACUUCAAGAGGAGCAUGUACAGCAUUUUCCCCAAAGCCGAGCCACCCAAGUCGCCCAUCCUUUUGCCGACAACAACCUACAAAGAGUCUACGCCCAAGAAAACACCGGCGCUUCAAAAUUUAGCUGACGAACUUCUUGCACCUCCUGCCCUCCGUCUACCAGAUAAAAGAUUUCGGUCAAGUGGUGCUUCUAUGCUCUCAACUGCAACUGUGCAGAUUGGACUGCGCCUUUCCAACAUCGGCGAUAUGCGCCCCGCCAAACCGGAGCUCAAGCUAGACACAAAUACAAACCAAGUGCACAACCUGGACUGUCCCAACAGUACAGUGAGGUUCUUCCCAAGAAAAACGAGUCCACUUGCCAUUGCCAUCGUCGAUGUCCCAGGCGAGGGCACUAGGUAUAAGAUUCAGGACAACUUUGAUGAGAGACUAUCCGAGAAGGAACUUCCACCAGUUCCUCUCAGCGCGGGGCUCAAGAAGUAUGGGAGAGCCAAGCAGACUUGCCAGCCGUCAGAGCUCUAG